UACCGUAACAUAAAUUGAAACCGUGGUAACAAAAAACAUGUCUUGUUUAUGAAGUCAAUGACUUCAUGAUAUAUUUCGGCGACCUAUUUUCGGCAAGUUUAUUUUGAGAAUUCAAUUUAACGUAGUUCCGGAUCGCCGCUAGUUUAUAUUAGAAAGCCAGACGUAUAUUGAUUCCUAUUUUGUUAAUAAUCGUCAGUAAUAAGGUUUAUCUCGUCCUGUCUUUGGAUUAAACUUCUUGGCUGGUUGGUUACAAUUUGAAAGGAAAACUGGAGCAGAAAAAUCUCCAAAUGCAAAAUCUAGGGAAGAUGAUAACAGAACAGCUCCGCAAUCCAAAUGAGCUGGACAUCAGCCUCCGGAUGGAGUUCGGACCUUUUGAGACAGUUCACAAGUGGAAACGCAUGUCCGAGUGUUACGAAUUCGUUGGGGCAAGGCGAAGUAAACACACAGCGGUUGCGUACAAAGAUGCCAUAUACGUGUUUGGUGGUGACAAUGGCAAGUCCAUGUUAAAUGACUUGAUCAGGUUCGAUAUACGGGAGAAGUCUUGGACUAAAACUGGCUGUAUGGGAGUGCCACCCGCUCCAAGGUAUCAUCAUUCUGCUGUGGUACAUCGGUCGUCAAUGUUCGUGUUCGGCGGUUACACGGGGGAUAUUCUGGCCAACUCGAACUUGACCAAUAAGAAUGACCUCUUCGAGUACAAGUUCCCCAGCGCUCAGUGGGUGCAGUGGAAGUUUACUGGCCAAGAGCCAGUGCCUCGAUCAGCACACGGCGCGGCGGUCUAUGAUGACAAACUGUGGAUCUUCGCUGGCUAUGACGGAAAUGCACGACUCAAUGACAUGUGGACUAUCAAUUUAUUGGGUGAGAACCACCAAUGGGAGCGCAUAGAGCAAAAAGGCCAGUGUCCCCCAACUUGCUGCAACUUCCCCGUGGCGGUGGCUCGGGGGAAGAUGUUCGUGUUCAGCGGCCAGAGCGGCGCCAAGAUCACUAAUGCCUUGUUCCAGUUUGACUUUGAGACGCAUACCUGGAGCCGCGUGUGCACGGAGCACCUGCUGCGCUGCGCGGGCGGCGCGCCGGCGCGGCGCUACGGGCACGUCAUGCUGGCGCACCGCGCGCAGCUCUACGUGUUCGGCGGCGCCGCCGACAACACGCUGCCCAACGACCUGCACUGCUACGACCUGGACACGCAGAUAUGGUCAGUGGUACAGCCGCCCACCGACUCUCAGAUACCAUCAGGUCGACUGUUCCACGCGGGCGCGGUGGUAGGCGAUGCUCUCUAUAUCUUCGGAGGAACUGUGGAUAAUAACGUGCGCAGUGGAGAACUCUUUAGAUUUCAACUAUCGAACUACCCCCGCUGCACGCUACACGAUGACUUCGGGCGCAUCCUGAAGUCCCACCAGUUCUGCGACAUACAGAUCCUGGUGGGGCCCGAGAAGACGCCCAUCCUGGCACACCAGGCCAUCCUAGCGGCCCGGUCACAGUUCCUGAGGGCUAAGAUCAAGGAAGCUCGAGACGAACUGACGAAGCGCAUAGCGUCAGGCGAAGAGGAAGCCACCGAGAUAUCCUACAAGUCUCCUCCGCAGCUCUGCAUCACGUUACCGGAAGCCACGCCCGAGGCCUUCAACAUGGUCCUCAACUAUAUAUACACCGAUAGGAUCGAUCCCACUGAAAAAGAUGAAGACCCAGCGUCGCCAGCAACAGUGCUCCUAGUGAUGUCGGUCCUCCGCCUAGCCCUGCGGUUGAACGUGCCCCGUCUGCGCGGACUGUGCGCGCGGUUCCUCCGCGCCAACCUGUGCCUCGCCAACGUGCUGCAAGCGCUACAUGCAGCUCAUCAUGCGCAACUGCACUGCAUUAAGGAGUACUGCCUCAGGUUCGUGGUGAAAGACUACAACUUCACGCCCAUAGUGAUGUCGAAGGAAUUCGAGGAGAUGGAGCAGAGCCUCAUGGUGGAAGUGAUACGGAGGCGCCAGCAGCCGCCCCCCAAGCCCAACGCCACCACGCAGAAUGAAUACGACGAGGAGAUUAUAGGUACUACCCUCGAACAGGACAUGUCAGUACUUUUGACCAGUUCAGUGUGGUUGGCUGACGUGCGGCUGCGCGUGGGGGCAGCACUGCGGCCGGCGCAUCGCUCCGUGCUGGCCGCGAGAGCUGCCUACUUCGAGGCCAUGUUCCGAUCCUUCUCGCCGCACGAUAAUAUUGUUAAUAUUCAAAUCUGCGACACGGUACCAUCAGAGGAGGCAUUCGACUCUCUACUGCGGUAUGUUUACUACGGCGACACGAACAUGCCCACAGAGGACUCGCUCUAUCUCUUCCAAGCGCCAAUUUAUUACGGGUUCACAAACAAUCGUCUGCAAGUAUUCUGCAAACAUAAUCUACAGAGCAACGUGUCGCCGGAGAACGUUCUCGCCAUCCUUCAAGCCGCUGACCGCAUGCGAGCGACAGAUAUCAAGGAGUACGCGCUCAAGAUGAUCGUGCAUCACUUCGGCAUUGGUUACAUUUCGCAGGUGGCGCGACAAGACGCGAUCAAGAACUUAGCUCAACCGCUUCUCGUGGACAUCAUAUGGGCUUUAGCUGAGGAACCUCACUUCGACUCACCACUACCAGUCCAGCCGAGGUCACUACCUUCAUCGUCUUCCGCAGACACGCUCACUGACGACCCGGAGUAUGCAAGACAUAGAUGUGGGAAAUCAUAGGUGAUAUUUACCAAAUCAUGGUAAGAUUUCUACAUAGAGAAUUGUAUAACCUGCUAUUUGCAUCAAAAAAGGAAAUGAAUUAUGAGGAUUGAUGCCAACAUUGUCAUUGAACAUCUUUGGCAGUUGUUACGGGUAGCCAAAAGUCAGUAAAGCUGACAGCCAGUCUUGCCAAAGGAUAUUGGGUUGCUCCUUGUAAAACACUGUUACUCAGCGGCAUCCGGUUAGAAUUGGUAGCCCACCCCAACAUAGUUAGGAAAAAGCUCGGAAGAUGAUGAUGCCAAUAUGACCGUGAUAAAUAUUUUUUGUUGGCAAAUAACAGGUUUUUAUUGUCUGUGUGUGAAUCUUGCAUCAUGGUUUUUCUGGUAGCCAGUGCCAAAUAGAAGUAUCAUUGGAGAUCUUUGUUCUAUUUAAUGUUUUACCUAAUGUAGAAUUACAGCCAGUUUCUUCAUCAAAAGUAAAAGUCAAAGAAACGUUUAAAGUAAAAGUAACGAUCAAAUUCGUUUUUUCAAGGCUAAAGUGACAGCAAAAUUAAUAGAAAAAAUGAAUUUGACCGUUACUUUUACUUAAGACAUUACUUUGACUUCUACUUUGGCAUUACUUUUGAUGAAGAAACUGGCUGUUAUUCAUGAAAACCUCUCACUAAUAUAUCUUUGAAUAAUUAUUGAGCAAUUGACACUAAACAGAUUUUUAUAGUCUGUAUGAUAAUUAUCAGAAUUAAAAAAAAACUAAAAACACGCUUUUUAUAGAAAAACGAACUAAAAAGUAGAAAAUAAAUUUUAAUGAAUUUAAAUUAAGAAAACAGAGUUAAAAAGGAGAUUGGGCAAGAAUGUAUGAAGUUUGGUCCAAAUGUCCACCACGAACGAGACCUAUAUAAUUAAAUAGUCCACUUAAUUUAGAGUAACUUUUACUAAGAAAGUAAAAAAAAAACAAUGCCAAAAAAAAGUUAUAGCCAAAAAUGUAUUCUUAAUUUUCGGUACUUUUGGUAUGUUGUCAUUAUUAUUUUUUAUUUUAUUCCACUUCUAUUUCCGCACUUUAUCUAAAACUAAGAUGAGUAAGACACAUUUGCAUAUAAAC